CCGUUUCCCGUCAGGCCUCGCGGCGGCGGCGGGAAAAUGGCGGCAGCGGGAGCCCUGGAACGGAGCUUCUUGGAGCUCAGCGGUGCUGAGCGCGAAAGGCUGAGGCGGUUUCGGGAAUUCACAGUCUGCGUCCUCGGGUCCGCGGGUGUCGCGCCUGGAGCGGUGAAAUACAGCGAGAGCGCAGGGGGCUUCUACUACGUGGAGAGUGGCAAACUGUUCGCCGUCACGAGAAACAGGUUCAUUCACUGGAAGACCUCUGGGGAUACUGUGGAACUGGUGGAGGAAUCACUGGACAUAAAUCUGCUGAAUAAUGCAGUUCGCGUCAAAUUCCAGAACUGCAGCAUCUUACCUGGGGGGGUUUAUGUCACCGAGACCCAGGCUCACGUGAUUGUCCUGCUGCUGACCAAUCAGUCAGUGCACAGGCUGCUCCUGCCACACCCUUCCCGGAUGUACAGAAGUGAGUUAGUAACAGAAAGCCAGAUGCAGUCCAUCUUCACCGACAUUGGGAAGGUGGACUUCAGGGACCCCUGCAGCUACCAGCUGAUUCCCACAGUGCCUGGCCUGUCCCCUCAUGCUGCCGCAUCGGCCGCCUGGCUCAGCAGUGAUGGGGAGGCUCUGUUCGCUCUCCCAUCUGCUGCUGGUGGUGUGUUCAUCCUUAAACUACCUCCUUAUGACAGACCUGGGACAGUAGCAGUCGUGGAGCUGAAGCAGAGCUCGGUGAUGCAGCGACUGCUCACAGGCUGGAUGCCCACAGCCAUCAGGGGCGAGCAGGGGCCCUCGGACCGCGCCCUCAGCCUUGCUGUCCACUGUGCCGAGCACGAUGCCUUCCUGUUUGCCCUGUGUCAGGACCACAAACUGCGGAUGUGGUCGUGCAAGGACCAGAUGUGCCUGAUGGUCGUGGACAUGCUGGAGUACGUGCCUGUGAACAAAGACUUCCGGCACACGGCUGGGGCGGGACACAGAUUACGCCUUGCAUACUCCCCCUCCCUGGGCCUCUACCUGGGGGCCUACGUGCACGCUCCAAAGCAAGGACAGUUCUGCAUCUUCCAGUUGGUGAGCACCGAGAGCAACCGCUACAGUCUCGACCACAUCUCCUCCCUCUUCACCUCUCAGGAGACCCUGGUUGACUUUGCCUUAACCCCCACGGAUGUCUGGGCCCUGUGGCAUGAUGCUGAGAACCAGACCAUCGUGAAAUACAUCAACUUCGAACAUAACGUGGCAGGACAGUGGAACCCGGUCUUCAUCCAGCCGCUGCCGGAAGAGGAGCUCGUCAUCAGAGACGACCAGGACCCCAGGGAGAUAUAUUUGCGGAGCCUUUUUACUCCAGGACGGUUCAUCAGUGGAGCACUAUGUAAAGCUUUACAGAUUUUCUGCCGAGGAACCGAGAGGAAUUUGGAUCUUUCUUGGAAUGAGCUAAAGAAAGAAGUCACUUUAGCUGUGGAAAAUGAGCUCCACAGCAGUGUGACAGAGUACGAGUUCUCCCAGCAGGACUUCCGGAACCUGCAGCAGGAGUUCUGGAGCAAGUUCUACGCCUGCUGUCUGCAGUAUCAGGAGGCCCUGUCCCAGCCCCUCGCCCUGCUUCUGAAUCCACACACCAACAUGCUGUGCCUGCUGAAGAAGGGGUACCUGUCCUUCCUUCUGCCCACUUCCCUCGUGGAUCACUUGUACCUCUUGCCUGAAGAGAACUUUUUGACAGAGGAUGAGACAGCCAUAUCUGAUGACGUGGAGGUCGCCCGGGACGUCAUGUGUCUCAUGAGAUGCCUGCGGAUGAUUGGAGAGUCCGUGAGCACCGACAUGACCGUGCUGAUGGAGAUGAACUGCUACAGCCUGCAGUCCCCGGAGAAGGCUGCGGAACGCAUUCUGCAAGACCUGAUCAUUAUUGAUGUAGAAAAUGUGAUGGAGGACGUGUGCAGCCGACUGCAGGAGAUGCGAAACCCUGCCCAUGCCAUCGGGCUUGUUUUACGGGAAAUGGACUAUGAAACGGACGUGGAGACGGAAAUGGGCUUCAACCCAGCUCAGCCUUUGAACGUGCGCAUGAAUCUCUCGCAGCUCUACGGCAGCAGCACGGCGGCCUUCCUCCUGUGCAGGGCAGUGCACAGGGUCGCCAGCACUCGCUUCCUCAUCUGCCGCGACCUCCUGAUUUUCCAGCAGCUGCUGACGAGGCUGGGAGAUACAGGGAUUCUGGGACCCGGCCAGCUCUUCCAGGCCCAGCAGGAGGUGCUGCAUCGGACGGCCCCGCUGCUCCUGUCCUACUACCUCAUCGAGUGGGGCACUCAGUGCUUGGCGACUGACGUUCCAGUUGACACACUGGAAUCCAACCUGCAGCACUUGUCGGUGCUGGAGCUGACUGACUCUGGGGCUUUUGUGGCAAACCCGUUCGUAUCCAGCCCACAGACAGUCGUGGAGUUAUUCUUCCAAGAAGUUGCAAGAAAACACAUUAUUGCCCAUCUCUUCUCUCAGCCAAAGGAACCACCGAGCCAGGCGGCACUGAACUGGCCGGAAAUGGCUACCACAGUUACGAAUUAUUUAUUGCAGCUUUUGUGGCCCAGCAAUCCCGGCUGUCUCUUCCUGGAGUGUCUGAUGGGAAACUGUCAGUACGUGCAGUUGCAGGACUAUAUCCACCUGCUGCACCCCUGGUGUCAAGUCAACGUGGGCUCCUGCCGCUUCAUGCUGGGGCGCUGCUACCUCAUCAUGGGCGAGGAGCACAAGGCCCUGGAGUGCUUCUGUCAGGCGGCAUCGGAAGUGGGCAAGGAGGAGUUCUUAGACCGCUUGAUCCGCUCCGAGGAGGGGGAGGUGGAGUCCAGCCCCAGGAUGCAGUAUUACGACAAGGUUCUGCGCCUGCUGGACAUCGUCGGGCUGCCUGAGCUGGUCAUCCAGUUGGCUACAGCAGCAAUAACAGAAGCAGGUGACGACUGGAAAGGUCAGGCCACCUUAAGGACAUGCAUCUUCAAACAUCACUUGGAUCUGGGUCACAACAGCCAGGCGUAUGAGGCCCUGACCCAGAUUCCUGACUCCAGCAGGCAGUUGGACUGCUUACGGCAGCUGGUGGUCGUCCUCUGUGAGCGCUCGCAGCUGCAGGACCUUGUGGAGUUUCCUUACGUGAACCUGCACAACGAGGUGGUGGGCAUAAUUGAAUCGCGGGCCAGAGCCGUGGACCUCACGACUCACAACUACUAUGAGCUUCUCUACGCCUUCCACAUCCACCGCCACAACUUCCGCAAAGCUGGCACGGUGAUGUUUGAGUACGGAACCCGACUGGGCAGAGAGGUCCGAACGCUGCGGGGACUCGAGAAGCAGGGCAGCUGCUACCUGGCCGCCCUCAACUGCCUGCGCCUCAUCCGCCCAGAGUACGCGUGGAUCGUGCGGCCAGCUGCGGGCGCAGUGUAUGAUCGUCCUGGAACAUCCCCCAAGAGGAAUCAUGAUGGCGAGUGCACGGCCACCCCAGCCGCUCGGCAGGUGGAGAUCCUGGAGCUGGCAGACCUGGAGAAGGAGUGCUCCCUGGCCCACAUUCGGCUCGUGCUGGCUCGCCACGACCCGGCAGCAGUUGCAGUUGCAGGAAGCUCAUCGGCGGAGGAGAUGGUCACUCUCCUGGUGCAGGCCGGCCUCUUCGACACCGCCAUCUCACUCUGCCAGGCCUUCAGGCUGCCCUUGACGCCAGUCUUCGAGGGGCUUACUUUCAAGUGCAUCCGGCUGCAGCUGGCCGGGGACAACGCACAGGCUGAGGCCUGGGCCUGGCUGGCGGCCAACCAGCUGUCCUCCGUGGUCACCACAAAGGAGUCCAGCGCUACAGAUGAAGCGUGGCGACUGCUGUCCACGUACCUAGAAAGGUACAAGAUGCAGAAUAACCUGUACCACCAGUGUGUGAUCAACAAGCUCUUGUCACACGGCGUGCCCCUGCCUAACUGGCUCAUCAACAGUUACAAGAAAGUCGAUGCCGCUGAGCUGCUCCGUCUGUACCUGAAGUAUGACCUGUUGGAAGAGGCCGUGGACCUGGUCUCCGAAUAUGUGGAUGCCGUGCUAGGGAAAGGACACCAGUACUUCGGAAUCGAGUUCCCCCUGUCGGCGACGGCCCCAAUGGUGUGGCUCCCGUACUCCUCCAUUGACCAGCUGCUCCAGGCCCUGGGCGAGAACAGCGCCAACAGCCACAACCUGGCGCUGUCUCAGAAAAUCCUUGACAAACUAGAGGACUACCAGCAAAAAGUUGAUAAGGCCACUCGGGAUCUGCUCUUCCGGCUGAACCUGUGAUCGCAGUGUCCCCAGCACUCUCGGGCCGUGCUGCAGGCGGCUUGGUGGCCAGGGGCACAGCCCACUGCCCUGGUGGGGUCUCCCGCUGGGGAGGGAGGGGAGCCGGGUUCGUGCAGGUGCUAACUGCCUCGAUCUCGGCUGCUUUUGCGCUGUGCAGGAGUCACAGCUUUUUGGAGUUUCUACUUUUGUAAACUAUGGAAGACACUGUUUACCUGCAGGUUAAACCCUCCCUCCCUUGCCGAGCGGCUGCAGUGUCAGCUUGUCCUCACCAACCUCGCACCGAGAUCAGUCACGCAGACCUCUGACUGCCAUACGUUUUCUGUGCCAAUGGGACUAUUGUGGUCCAGAACCAACAAGUAUUUUCUGUAUCGAAAACAGAGGCCAAUGAUUUUGUGUACUCUUUUCCUUAUUUAUUGUGAAGUUUUUAUAUGAUCUUCAAUAAAGUACUAAUUUGCCUAGAGUAAA